AUCGAAAGCCACAUUUUUUUUAAUAAUGUAGAUCUGUUCAUUAUACCUUCAUUUACUGGAUUUACUGUUGAUGUAUUUUGUUUGAUGUUGCUGUCAAUACAGAUUGUUUAUUGUUGUUAUAAAAUAUUCCUGGAAUAAUGCCAUGGCUCCAAAGAAGAUGCCUCCAAAGAAAGGUGAUGCACCCAAGCAGCCUCCCCUUAUUGGACGAUUCGGCACAUCUUUGAAGAUCGGGAUCGUUGGCUUGCCUAAUGUGGGGAAAUCAACAUUUUUCAAUGUUCUGACAAGCAGCCAAGCUGAUGCUGAAAAUUUCCCCUUCUGCACAAUCAACCCUAAUGAGAGCAGAGUUCCCAUUCCAGAUGAAAGAUGGGAAUUUCUCUGUCAGUACCACAAACCUGCCAGCAAGAUUCCAGCCUUUCUGAAUGUGGUGGAUAUAGCUGGUCUCGUCAAAGGAGCCCAUAGUGGUCAAGGUCUUGGAAAUGCCUUUCUGUCCCACAUCAGUGCCUGCGAUGCAAUUUUCCACCUAACACGUGCUUUUGAAGAUGAAGAUAUUAUCCAUGUUGAAGGAAACGUUGAUCCUGUCCGGGAUAUUGAAAUCAUUCAUGAAGAACUACGCCUGAAAGAUGAAGAACUGAUCAUGCCAAUUAUAGACAAACUGGAGAAAGUAGCUGUGAGAGGGGGUGACAAGAAAUUAAAACCUGAAUAUGACAUAAUAUGUAAAAUCAAGAGCUGGGUAAUGGAUGAGAAGAAGCAUGUUCGUUUCUAUCAUGAAUGGAACGAUAAGGAGAUUGAGGUGUUGAACAAGCAUUUAUUUUUGACUUCAAAGCCAAUGAUUUAUCUGGUGAACCUUUCAGAAAAAGACUACAUUCGAAAGAAGAACAAGUGGUUGGCAAAAAUUAAAGAGUGGGUGGACAUGCAUGACCCUGGUGCCUUGGUCAUUCCUUUUAGUGGUGCUGCAGAACUCAAGAUACAAGACAUGAAUGAUGAGGAGAAGCAGAAGUAUACAGAAGAGAACAAGACACAAAGUGCACUACCAAAAAUGAUUAAGUCUGGCUAUGCAGCUCUUCAGCUGGAAUACUUUUUCACGGCAGGACCUGAUGAAGUACGUGCUUGGACCAUCAGGAAAGGGACGAAGGCUCCUCAGGCUGCUGGCAAGAUCCAUACAGAUUUCGAAAAGGGCUUCAUUAUGGCAGAAGUAAUGAAAUUCCAGGAUUUUAAAGAAGAAGGUAGUGAGACUGCUGUCAAGGCUGCUGGAAAAUACAGGCAACAGGGCAGAAAUUACAUCGUUGAAGAUGGGGAUGUUAUCUUUUUUAAAUUUAAUACACCACAACAGCCGAAGAAGAAAUGAUUUUCAUUUUAAAGCAUUUAGCAUAAUAAAUGAACUGUGCAGCUGGGUAAAGGUGUUUAUUGUUUAAGCCAAAUUAGCUGGAAACUGUGAUUGAUACCUGCCAAGGUUCUGCAGUUCUUCUUCCCAACUGUAUUAUGCCUGUUUGUUUUUGGCUUCAAUAGUACAGCUCCCCCAAAAGCACAGGUCCACUAAAUGUUGACAGCUUUGCUAUUUAAGAUUAAGGCCCUACUCUAAAUUGUAGAAGCAUUUUGGGAGCCAUAUUACCCUUGUGACACUUCAUUAAUCUCCAUCAUGUAAGCCAAACCUGACACAUUUGACAGCAGGGACAAUGCAACUUGCUCCUUUCUGAAUCUACAGAUAAUGCAUGUUUUACAGUACCCCAGAUGUCUACACUCAAUAAAACAUUUGACAAAACCAGCCUCUGUGUGUUGGGGGAUGUCUGUAUUGACUGCCGGUGGUGUGCUGAAUGUGAUAUGGCACCUGGUAUAAGCUGAUUACAGAAUCUGAAGACGGAUGUAAUGCUGCAACUGGCAGCAUGGGGCAGCUGUAAUUGUAUCUUUAAAGUGAGUCCUUUAUUGGAUUCAAAUAGGCUUUGGAUAGUGAUGAUUUCAUAAGAAAAAAAUGGAAAAAAAACUUUCAAAUGUGUUUGUUCAUGGCUUGAGUAGAAAACUCAUUUGAAAUUGACAUGUGUCUGGAGAUUUGUAUGUUUUCUCUUGUUUUGAAUGCCACUAUGGAAACCUGAAUAGGUAUUAAGUUUCAGAUUCAAGGUAUGAAAUAUUUUGAAGCUGUGAAUCAAAAGAAAGAAAUGUUUGUGUGUCCAUUGAUGUAUAUGUAUAAUAUGUGACUCUAACCUCGGUUCCUUUUUCACAGUGAACGUCAUUGAGCAACAGUAAAUUGAAACUACAAAUUAUAUGAGCUUUAAAAACUCCA